CCAUUUCACAUUCUAAGUCUCUUAUCUCUUACAUAUCUGCAUUUAUAAAUUUAAACUUAUACAUUUAUAGCCAUAUAUAUAUAUAUACACAUGGCUUGGAGAAGUUACAAUAAUGGCGGCAUUGGUUUUCUGUGUGUAUGUGUUGUUGUAAUAUCCGUUGUUGUUUCAGGUCGACCAACGACUUUUCUUGAGGAUUUUAGGGUGACAUGGGCGGAUAGCCAUGUCAAGGAACUCGAUGGUGGGAGGGGAAUUCAACUUCUUCUCGAUCGAAGUUCUGGAUGUGGAUUUGCUUCAAGAAGGCAGUAUUUGUUUGGAAAAGUGAGCAUGAAGAUAAAACUAGUUCCUGGCGACUCAGCAGGAACAGUUACUGCAUUUUAUAUGAACUCAGACACAGACACAAUACGCGAUGAAUUAGAUUUUGAGUUCUUGGGAAAUAGGAGUGGACAACCAUACACAGUUCAAACUAAUAUAUAUGCUCAUGGAAAGGGUGAUAGAGAGCAAAGGGUGAACUUGUGGUUCGACCCUGCAGCUGAUUUCCAUACUUAUUCAAUCAUGUGGACUCGUUGGCUAAUCAUAUUUGGUGUGGAUGAUAUCCCAAUAAGGGUAUAUAAGAACCACGAAGCGAAAGGGAUCCCAUAUCCAAAACUACAACCAAUGGGAAUAUAUUCAACACUAUGGGAAGCGGAUGACUGGGCCACAAGAGGUGGUUUGGAGAAGAUUGAUUGGAAGAAAGCCCCAUUCUAUGCAUAUUACAAGGACUUUGACAUUGAGGGUUGCCCUGUCCCAGGGCCUGCAAACUGCCCUUCAAACCCCAACAAUUGGUGGGAAGCCCCAUCCUACCAGUCCCUCUCUCCUUUGCAAGCCAGAAACUAUAGAUGGGUUCGUAUGAACCACAUGAUAUAUGACUAUUGCACCGACAAAUCCCGCUACCCUGUCACUCCACCUGAAUGCGUAGCUGGAAUAUGAAGUUUUCAAGAAUGAUGCUGACUCACACCUCAGUGUGAUCUCCCUACAAAUAUUUACGUCCUUUGAAAGAAAAAAGAAACUAUUCUUCUCUAUUUCAAAAUGUAUAAUGGUGGUCAAUACGAAAUACCUUGGACAAGUAGGUAUUAUUUAGACUUGAAGCUGCAUGGCCAUCCAAAGCCAGUAUAUAUUCUAUUUAAUUCUGGUUGAUACUUAUAAAAUAUGUUUAUGUGGUAAGCAUUUUCUCUCAUUAUGUACUUGUAUUGUUUGCUUAAAUCAAAUAAUGAAAAAAAUAGUUAAUCUC